AUGAAAGCGGUCCAGAUUAUGGGUGACAAAAUGUCACCCAAAAUCAUUCUCAAUCCAAACAUGCCAAAACCCUCACCUGAAGGCGCCGAAAUCCUGGUUCGGGCUCACGCUGCCGGAGUCACCGGCGACGAACUCACCUGGCCCGAACUUUACGAAACCGCAUCCCGGAUCCCCGGCCACGAGCUAUCAGGAAACAUCGCCGAACUCGGCCCAGACUACACCGGAAACCUUUCCAUCGGCCAAGAUGUCUAUGCAUUCACAUCGGCAGACCGUGGACAAUGCCAAGCUGAAUACGUCGCCUGCUUACCAGACGAGGUUGCUCCGAAACCGACUUGCAUCUCUCAUCUCGAGGCUGCAGCACUUCCGAUACCAGUGCUCACGGCAUGGGAGGCUAUCAUUGACCAAGGAGAGAUCACUCCAGGUAUGACAGUCCUAGUCACUGGAGCUUCUGGCGCAGUUGGUGUCAAUGCGGUUCAGUUGGUUACUCAGCUUACCGGCGCUCAUGUCAUCGCGCUGGCUUCGCUGCGAAAUCACGAGAACUUGAAGCAGCUAGGCGCCGAGGUCUUGAAUUACAAUGACCCAGGCUGGGCCUCCACAAUUGGUGGUGUGGAUGUUGUCAUCGACGCAGUUGGCGGGAGUAUCCUGAGUGAUGCCUGGAAGGUCGUGGCUGAGCAUGGGAUGAUCAUUACUGUCGCUGAUCCACCACCUCCUUGGGCGCUCGGAGAUGCCGUACCGGAAGAUUCAUUUAGAAUGCCUGGAGUGCGAUACAAGUACUUUAUUGUAUCUCCCAAUGCUGAGAGGCUAUGUAGGGCAUCUGAGAUGGUUGAAGCGGGCGCCUUGAAAGCUCUGGCGGUGAAGUCAUUCCCAUUUACAGAGGCGGAGCAAGCUUGGAAGUGUGCCCGACAGAGGGGUAGAGGUCAUAAAGUCGUCGUUGAGUUUUAG